AUGCCUCUUUUUCUCCUUCAGUGGCAUGAAUAACAUCCCCAGUGCUGGAGAGAAAGCAUAUCAGGAGGCAAACGACGAGGGGAGAGAGAUAGCAGGCGGUGUGACAGAUAAGAGUGUGGCAGAACUUGCCUUCUUGACUGCACCGUGGGCCGGGGAAAGAGAAAACAAGUGGACCUCAGUGUCAGACUGCAGCUUGCACCACAAUCACUCACUCACAGUCACAGAAACAAUCAUUCCCCAAAGCCCGGCUGCACCAGAACUUCAGAGAGACGACUGACCUCAAAAAGGUACAGUAUUGUCAUUUCUCCUGCUGCAGGUUCCUUAUGUCCAACAAGAUCAGCAGGUUGCUGCUCGUGUUUCCAGGGAUGAUGGGAGAGCUGUCAGUGAAAGACAAGGAGCUGAUACGAGGCAGCUGGGAGAGCCUGGGGAAGAACAAAGUUCCUCAUGGUGUCAUCAUGUUCUCCAGACUGUUUGAGCUGGACCCGGCGCUGCUGGGUCUUUUCCGCUACAGCACAAACUGUGGAUCCACACAAGACUGCCUCUCCAGCCCCGAGUUCCUGGAUCAUGUCACCAAGGUGAUGCUUGUGAUUGAUGCAGCAGUGAACCACCUGGAUGAUCUCCACUCCUUGGAGGACUUUUUGCUUAAUCUUGGGAGGAAGCAUCAGGCUGUGGGAGUCAGCACGCAGUCCUUUACCGCGGUCGGAGAGUCCCUUCUCUACAUGCUGCAGUGCAGCCUGGGCCAGGCGUACACCGCCCCGCUGCGCCAAGCCUGGCUCAACAUGUACAGCAUCGUGGUAGGGGUAAUGAGCCGGGGGUGGGCCAAGAACGGCGAGGACAAGGCCGACUGAGGCGCACAGCGGGAGCUGCUGAGCAGUUGCUGUCAAACCAUCAACACAGUUGCCAUGAAGCAAGGUUGUGUAACUGUGCAGCAUCGUGUUUUUGGCUGCUGUACAUGUGCUCUGUGAGCUGGUUUGUAUAUCAUGGCGAAUGUAUGGUGUAGUUACACUUUAAAAUUAGACCGACCGAUUGCAGAGUUUAUUUUCUUUGCUGUGGAUGUUUAGCUUCCAGUCGAUGCUGCUGUACAGCUGUGAGAGUCAGAGGGCGUGGGUCCUCUAAGUCUGGACCUGUAAGCUGAAAGCAUUGGGGAUCACUGUUAGGUCUCUUUGUAUAUAAUGGCUUUGAUAUAUUUACUAAAUAACAGUGACUAUAGUGGUCUUUAUGUUGUAUCUUGACAGAGUUGCACACUUGUGAAAUAUAUAUAAAUAUAUCUAGGCAUUGCACACUACUCAAACUGUGACUCUUACUGUGGCCAGCAAAGGCAGCUCUGUGUCCAUCUGGAACACAUUGAUACUUAAAAUGUGAUUUAACAGAAGAUCUAAUCACUCUGUGUGUGUGUGUGUGUCAGCGUGUUUGUGAGGUUUUUUUUUAUCAUACGUGGCCAUUUUGGUUUAGGAUAGUUUUAGCAACUUAAGCGAAUCAAGUUUACUAAACGUUUAUCAGUGGCAACAAACGAGAACUGUUUACCUUACUCAAAGCUUUCUUCAGUAAUCAAUGACUGUUAGGGUGUCAGUGCACACCUUACUCAACGUACGUUGUGAUGCUCUCCUCAGAUGGAGGUUUUGAGUGUUUCAGUAGGCGUCGAAUGACUGUUAAACUCUAUAUUAUAGACUGUUAUGUGACCUUUAGUGUUUAGCAGUAAAGGGAAUAUUUGAGCAAUUGAAACAUCUUUGUUUUCUUUGUGGUUUUUUGUCAAAGUAAGUGUUGCAGUUGCUUUUCUUACUAGUGCUUAUUAAUUGUGUUGUUGUGACAACAAAUUAAGUAUUACCAUGUUAUUCAAGUGUAACGUUUCUGUAUGGAAGGGAAACCCAACUAAGCAUGAGUCAGCAUGAGAUUUUCAUUGUAUGAAAACCUGUUAAAAUUAAAAGAGCGCAGGUUUACAUAAUCACAAAUAUGUAUUACGUGAUCAAAUUGUUUUUUUAUUAAAACAGAAAAACAACAAUGUAUCCUCCUGCUGAUAAUAUAGUCUAACAUAUUGAUAAUUACAGCUUAAACAUUACUUUAGUGGUAUUUUGAGAAAUAUAAAUUCAUCAUCUGCUAAAUUCUUAAAACAGCAUUACCUUAAUAGGAGCAAUGGGUGGUGUCCCAUUAGCUGCCACACCCAUAAAUGUAGGUAUGCGCCGGUUUGAUAAACCUAAGUGAUAAUAGCACAAUUGCAACGUAUCAUGGUAUUUACAUAAUAUUUUAAAAUAAAAUCAUAUAACAUGAUCUAAUUGUGUUUAUUUAAGACUGAAAAAAAAAAAACAACCAAAAAUUAACCCUAAAUAUAGUCUGAUUUAGACUUAGUUUGUUUCUCAUUGGAAAAGAGAUGGGCAUUUCCUAUAAGAUAAUAAGACAGUAUAAAAGUGGAAUCAUAUCUGGAAAGAAAAAAAUUAUUUUAACGUACAUUUAAAUAAAAAAAAAUAGCUUGUCAAAUGUUUUUAGAGCCUUGUUUAUAAUAAUCAAGAAGCCUUUAUUGACAUUACAGCAAUCAAGUGCUUCUUUCAAUUACUCCCUUCAGAGGUAGAAAAAACAUGGUGGUAAAAUUACUUUAAGUUUAAAAAGAAUUUUGUAGAAGCCCUUUAUUACCCUGCUGACCAGCAGUGUGCAGCAACAAGUUAUGGGAGGGCGUUGCUGCAUUACUCAAUGCUCCAUACAACCUAAGAAAACUGUGGCACUUCUCAUGAAGGGACAUUACACCACAGGACAGAAUAUAUUAGCGGUUUUAAAGCAGUAACAUUUUAAAAUCUUGGUAUAACUGCUAACCAGCCCAUGCGUGGUCCUAACUAAAUAGGAUUUUCAUGUUACGGUAUUAUCACAAAACACAAUAACGCAGAUAAACUGUGUACUCACAGUUAUCCAACAUAUGUAUAUCACUGCAUUUUCAGCUCUGACACUGUAUGUAUCAUCCACAGCUGCUGUUUACCAUUAUGAUGAGAUUGCCAAGCAAGCUAACCAGUGAGCAUAGUAUUAAAAAAUAAUACCACCAUUCAACUGUAAAUCCAAGGUGCUGAUAUGUGGUUAUUAUUGCUUGAGUCUGACUUUAUAUUUAAAAAGUUUAUUUUUAUAUUCUGAAAUAUAAUGGUUGUGAAAGAGCAUUAUUUUUAUUUUCCAGAAUGUCAUGCACUGUUUAUUCUUUAGAUAUGUUAUUCUUCUGUUUAUAGUUAAUGAUCCCUACACUGAAAAAGAAAAAUCUAAUUGGUGGCAAAUUCACAGUUUUGAUGUGGUUUCUUUUAGUCAAAAUAAGAAAAACAAAACAAAAAUGUGCAAUUAUAUUUGCAAACAGAAAUGAGGGUUUCUAGUUGAACAGUCUAAACCAUACAUAAUCUGUUCAGUUUAUAUUUCUCCUGCCCACAGUUGUAAUGUUUAUAAGCUGGCUGUGAAGGUGUUGUAUUUAUAGUAACUCUUUUCUUAGUAGGCUGUCCUUUUUUUUUACUUUAAGCAUUUUUAGCUGACGUUGUGAGACAUGUUACCUGUUUUGUUAACUUUCUAACAUGUAGGUAUGCGUAUAUAUUGGGUGUGUCACUGUCUACCUCAUCAUAAUCAGCUGCUAUUGAACUGUGAUGACUUCACCUAGUUAUCCUUUGACCAAAAACACACAUUGUUAUUAUUAUCAGAGUUAAAAAAGGCACGCACUCUUUGUAAAGUGGAUUCCAUCCUGUAGCUUACAGGAGAACAUGUUAUGUGUUUACUUACACCUAAAUAAAGUGAUCUGUGGGUAUUUCGCAUCUUAA